AUGAGCCUGCCAAAUGGCGACAUAGCCGCUGGAACGGAGCGAACCCUGGCCCAACAGGCAGAACCCUCAAAUGCCGAGAGACCGAUCUCGACCGCAGAGACAGAGAACGCAGACAAGAACACAAGCAGCCCAGCGCCGGGAACCACGGACCCAGCAACCCCUCGAAAACCUGCGCGCCCAAAAGCGAAGAGACCCAAUUACGCCUUCAUUCAUAGAAAUCCAUUGCCAUUGGAAGUCCACCCACUCCCGGCCUUCCAUCCAACAAAUCCUCUUUCACUACUACGAAUUGCAUAUGCGUACUUGUCACUGCUCAUAUCGCCUCCUGCAUCCCAGCCAACAAGUCUGUACAUCGGCUACUUCUCGUCGGAGACCCGAUCUGUCCAUGUCACGGAUCCAAAGCACGUUCGAGCGUUGUGGGAAAUGGGAUUCUUCGGCAAGGGUACCUUGAGUCGCAGUGAACCGAGCUGGGUGGAGCGCGAGAAGGCGAGAUUAAAGGCAAAGCGGGUCGGUGGUGGUACCGCAGAAGAAGCAACGAAUGCUAGGAGAGAAAAGCGGCGAGCAUUUAAGCUGGAGCGAGCACGAGCAGAGGCCGAGAAGAUCGAGCGACAGAGGAAGGUCGAACAAGGCCUGUUGCCAUUGGAGGCGCUGACGUUGGACGAGCCUACCGAGGUGGCGGGAGAUAUUGAACCAUUGAUUGCGAGAAGCGACGCCUCGGAGGUGACAAGUCAUCCCGCUGCGAGGGCCGCAAGAUCGGCAAGCGUUUCGAGCAGCGAGGACGAGGAGCAAGAAAUUGAGAACCAAGAACACCUGCAGUUGACUUGUGAAGAAGCCUUCUUCCUAUCGUACGGUCUGGGAGUGCUGGUUAUACGCACACCGUCAGAUUCGUCACGUCCGCCUUUCUCGACCUCCGAGCUGCUGCGCCAAUUCGAUCGGACAAGCACAUUCCCGCGAAAGCCUGCGACCCUGGAUGUGCCGCCGGACUCGCAAUUUAUGCUCAACUAUGUGGUCUAUCACCACUUUCGCUCUCUCGGUUGGGUCGUCCGCCCUGGCAUCAAGUUCUCGAUUGAUUACCUUCUCUACUAUCGCGGUCCCGUAUUCUCGCACGCCGAGUUUGCGGUCAUGAUAAUCCCCAGCUACUCAGACGCUUACUGGAACACUGAGGAGGGCAGAUCGAAGCGAAGGAUCAAAGAGGACAGUAAGGACUGGUGGUGGUUGCAUUGUGUGAAUCGGGUGCAGAGUCAGGUGUUGAAGACGCUGGUAUUGGUCUAUGUGGACAUUCCGCCACCCAACGAGUUCACAGGUGCCGAGACAUUGGAUAUUGGAGGGUUAUUGAAAGGGUACAAGAUCAGGGAGUUCGUAAUGAAGCGAUGGGUGGCGAAUAGGAGUCGAGAUUGA